GUAGCUGCCUUUCUGUUGCUGGGUUCCAAAAAUUUACAGAGAAACAAAUCGUGCCGUGCCUUCAUUCAUUGUUGUCAAACAAAUGGGAUGCUUCGCCCCUACAGCUGCAAUCGUACGAUUGCCUCUAAACUACGCUUUCGCAAGGAAGAGCAAUGGUGGGCUAAGAGCAAAACUCAACGACAAUGACAAUGAUGCAUUUCUCCAAGCGGCCAUUACUGGCGCUUCUCUUCGGUUUCAGGAAACUCACCAACCAGAGCCUCUUCUUAUUGACCCAUAUGCUGGUUGUUUCGUUGCUCAUGACAUUAAGAAGGAUAUGACACAGUAUCCAUUUUCAAUUACAACCCCAAACCACUAUUGCCUUGCAACAAAGUUCAUCGAUGAUAAGUUACUUGGCGCAGUCAACCAUGUGGAUGGGCCUAGGCAGGUUGUCUUGUUGACAGAUGGUAUGGAUACUCGGCCAUAUCGUCUCAACUGGCCAAGCUCGACCAUGAUAUUUGAUAUUUCUCAGGAAAGAGUUUUCCAGAUGGCAGCUCAAAAACUUCAUGGUGUUGGGGCAAGGAUUCCUAAGAGUUGCUUGUUCCUCCAUGUUCCAUUGGAAUCAUCUGAUAUACCAGCAACCUUAUGCAGAAAAGGCUUUAAUGGUAACCGACCCAGCAUAUGGGCAUUUCAGGGACUACCUCUUAUGACUAUGGCAAAGUUUACAGAGAUUUUAUUCAUUGUCAGCAGUUUAGCUAUGAAGGGAUGCCUUUUCCUAGGAGAAUUGCCUGCCUGGUUGGUGGAAGCUGAAGUUGGGAUCAAGACUGAUAAACAGAAAUGGAUGGACAAGCUUUUCAUGUGUAAUGGUUUUAAGGUGGAUGUGGUCUGCUAUGAUGAAGUUGCAAGGAAUAUGUGUAGAGAUAUACCAUCGGGAGACUAUAAAAGAAUACUUUUUGUUGCAGAACAACUGCGCUUCUCAGAUGAUCAGAUGGAAAAUUGGAGAAGGGAAUUUCAGAGGAUAGAGGAAGAAGGAGACGAAGAUGGAUUUGAGGAACUCUAAUAGAAGACAAUGAUUACUACCUCUUUGGCGGCGGAUGUGACUUUUUAUUUUCCAUUUAUAUCGGUUGAUUGGUCUGCCACACCGUGGAUUACGAGUUACCACUUAUCAAAAAAAAGUUCCAACUUCCAAGGUUCAGGUAAUCGGGUUCCAGACUCCCAACACCCUACUAAGAUAAGAAAAAGGGUAUAUAAACAUAAGAUUAAUGGAAAGUUGUGAAUGCCUUGAUUCAUUGUGGCUCACGGAGCAAAGGCCUAACAGGUUGAUGCCUCAAAGUCUGAAAUACGGUUACAUGCUUACACCAGAAUAUUAAAGUUGUUAUUGGCUUUUUUCUCUUAUUUUUGUUGGUGUCUCAUGUAUGACCUUUGAGCAAUCAACACGGGAUUCUGUACUUGUUAGAAAGAGGGCAUGUGUAUCCUCUCUAUCAAAAGGUUCAGACUAUGAUACUGUACUGGAAAGUGCAUUUAUGUGAAUUAUUAGCAUGUAUCAUACUGUA